AGCCAUUUGGGCUCAAGACGGCCUUCAGGUUUUGCGCUGCGUGGCUCGCGCUUCUCUGCCCAGCCAUCACACGCGGUUGGUAUUUAUUUCGUUUCGAAACUGCAGUUCAGUUUGCUUGCAGAAUGGAUGAAGCAAAUGGGAUUCUUUCGUUUGUCGCUGGACGGGCCUUGCGGCUGCUGGCCAAUUAUUCGGGCAAGCGCUUCAAUGGGCUCCAAAUGGCUGCGCAUGCCAAUCGCCGGGUCCUAUCAUCGGGAAUGCGCCGGCGGCUUCAACAAUUUGGCAUUGCAUAUCAAGUGGUACGUCAUCAUACGGAGCAGUGGGAAGAUGGUUUUUUCGAGGCCCUUGAGCAGGAGUUGGUAGGAGCAUUUCCCGGGCGGCGCAGCUCGAAGCCUGUAUGCGCACCGAGGUUCUCUCGCAACGUGACGCAGCGGAGUGGCCUUGUCAGGACGGCGCUCAACAGAGAUGCUGCUCCUUUCGCCAUGCCGCAGGUGGAACCGUUGGCGGCUGUGCCUGUCAUCAUCGAGCAGGCAAAGUUCCAGUAUGACUCGCAGCUGAUAGUAUAUCAGGGGUUGGUGGAGUCGCAAAACUCGUUUAUUGCAGCCCUCCAAGACAUCAGUGAUUCUUAUUCCCAUGCGCAUAAGGCCUCUGAGACGGAUUCUGGCGAGCCUUCGGAGGACAUUGCGAGCGAGAGGUCCUCUGGAUCGGCGGCCGCCUCAUGUUGCCCCUCGCCCAGGGCAGUGGUAGACUCAGGGCACCCCGAGAUUGUAGCCAUUACGGCCAAGCUCGAUGCUGUCCCCAACCUCAUUGACAGAAGGAUCCACAGUGCUUUGUCGGAGAUUGUCCCCUCGGUGACCAAGUCGCUCGGCGGCUCGAUGGGCGAUGUUGUUUCUAAUAUUUUGGGGGCCACUCUGCCUGGGGCCAUUGAGGCCGCAAUCGCGCCCAGGAUGGAUCAGAUGUUAGAUUCAGUAGCUUCGCGUUUUUCCGAGUACUCGGCCCGUGCUGCGUCAUCUGCUGGUACGCCUCAACGGGGCGGCGAUGGGGCAGAGCUGGAGGGCGUCGAGCAGAUGGUGAAGGAUGUGGUGGCAUCGCAGCUUGAAGUGCUCAAAACGCAGUUCCUUGAGCUCACCGCGCGCGUGGAGGCCUUGGGCGCUACCCGUGAGCUGGAGAAGCGGCCCCCUGCUACUGGCCUUGCUUGCUCGGCGGAUCGGGCCCGGUCUCCCGUGCUUCCGAUGUGCCAGUACGGUCGACAGUGCAAGAGGAGCGAUUGCAUCUUUCGCCAUCCUGAGGGACAGGCCACUGCCGCAAGCGCACGGGUUCAUGGCGGUAGGCCUGCGACGUCGCAUGGCCGCCCUCAACUGAUCACGCCAAACGCGCGCCCCAUAGAUUACGGCAGGUUCGAUGACAUUGUCGACGCCGCCGAGGCGGAGGAGGUUCAUGACUUCAUUAUGGCUGGGCUUUUCGGCGAUCCGAUGGAGACGGAAUUGCCGCCAGAGCCCGACGAUGAUUGAUGUGGUCGCGACGUCCUGUUUGUCUCGCUCUGCCAGUCAUACUACGCACGUCGCGUUCCUCUUCCGCGACGGCUUCAUAGAUCCAGCUUGUUGAUCAAAUUCCUUCUCAGCACUCUCUUCCCCUUCUUGUACUCCUUCUUCGUUGAGGUUAUUAUUUAAGGGGCUGUCGCCCUCGCUCAUUCGCCACCUGGUGGCGGGCGGAAGAUCUCCUGUGUAAUCGUACUCGCCUUUCGGCUACGCUCCACCUCCUCCUCCUCCUCCACCUCCUCCUCCUCCUCGUCCUCUUCCUCCUCCUCCUGCUCCUCCUCCUCCUGCUCCUCCUCCUUCUCCUCCUCC